CCCCGCCAAGGUGUCACCGCCCCCCCCCGCCAAGGUGUCACCGCCCCCCCCCGCCAAGGUGUCACCGCCCCCCCCCGCCAAGGUGUCACCGCCCCCCCCCGCCAAGGUGUCACCGCCCCCCCCCGCCAAGGUGUCACCGCCCCCCCCCGCCAAGGUGUCACCGCCCCCCCCCGCCAAGGUGUCACCGCCCCCCCCCGCCAAGGUGUCACCGCCCCCCCCCGCCAAGGUGUCACCGCCCCCCCCCGCCAAGGUGUCACCGCCCCCCCCCGCCAAGGUGUCACCGCCCCCCCCCGCCAAGGUGUCACCGCCCCCCCCCGCCAAGGUGUCACCGCCCCCCCCCGCCAAGGUGUCACCGCCCCCCCCCGCCAAGGUGUCACCGCCCCCCCCCGCCAAGGUGUCACCGCCCCCCCCCGCCAAGGUGUCACCGCCCCCCCCCGCCAAGGUGUCACCGCCCCCCCCCGCCAAGGUGUCACCGCCCCCCCCCGCCAAGGUGUCACCGCCCCCCCCCGCCAAGGUGUCACCGCCCCCCCCCGCCAAGGUGUCACCGCCCCCCCCCGCCAAGGUGUCACCGCCCCCCCCCGCCAAGGUGUCACCGCCCCCCCC